AAAUCUAUUCUCAUUGCAUUUUAAACCAGAAGAGAGGAAAGUGUAAAAAUUACAGAAUUUUCUGCAGCUAUGGAGCUUAAAAAAUUUCAAAUAUUUUUUGCACUAGUUGUGCUUGCUACAUGUGAGAAAUUUCCAUCUCAACAUGAUGACAGGGAAAACGUAAUUUUGAGAAGAAUCCAAUUUGGGAAUAAAACAGACAAUGAAAUAGUUCGCUACAAGCCCCCCUCCCAUGCUUUAUCUGCCAUCCCGCAGAACCGAAUAUUUCAAGGGGCCAGUGGAAAAUUGGAGAUAACAGAUAACUGUGAAGGGCAAACCUUCUACCUUGUUUCCGCCUAUCCACGGAAAGAUGACUGCACUGAGACUUCCCCGAGUAAAAUGCAGUAUGAAUCCCUCCCGACAUACAUCUCCUGCUUUGACCCUAUACUCAAACAAACGUUGUACUCUGUGGGACACGUCUAUGGAAACGGUGGAUUGCCACGUACAGGCACUGGAAAUUUUGAACAGGCGAUGUCACUUUUUCAAUUUCAAUGGAAAAAUAUGUACAACACUCCGAAGCAAAGGACCAACUUGAAAGCUAUGCUUGGUCCAACAAAUUACGCCAGAUUCUUCCCAGACCAACAACCAUAUGCGUAUACUUGUGGACACUUAUUUGCGAGAGGUGACGUCAAUACGCGCGUUGGCCAGGCGUCAACCAUGUUUUAUCUUAAUGUCGCGCCACAGCAGGGAAUUCUAAACGCGGGGAAUUGGAAGAAAAUCGAAGACGACGUCAGGGUGUUGGUAGAUCCUGGUAACGCCUUGUUGAAAGUAUGGACCGGUACGUUUGGCUUACUCGAGUUACCCAAUGACAACGGAAAUAUGGUCAAGAUGUACUUGGGACAAGGUGCUAUCCCCGUUCCCAAAUUCUUUUGGAAGUUGGUGUAUGACAUGGUCUCAACGAAGGGCGUGGUAAUUAUUCAAUUCAACAAUCCACACGCGACCCCUGACGAGAUAACUCGGGAUAGAAUACAAUGCCAAGACAUGUGCGAUCGUGUCCCUUGGUUAACAAUGACACAAGCCCAGAGGGACAACAUCCUCCACGGAUACACGUAUUGUUGCAAUGUGGACGAAUUUAAACAGAUUGUAGGAUAUCCAAGCAACCUUCCAACCAUUAUCAAUUAUUAAUUGGUGAGCAAUGAUGUGACAUUUUUUUAAACUGGCUAAAAUUGUGUAUCUUGAUUUAAAUCAUGUUUCUUAUAUACCAAAAAUGGUAUUGUUUUACAUAACUAAAUAUGUUUUAAUUUUCAAUAAAGUUAAUGAUCUAAAUUUAUACAAGA